AAAUUUGCAGAGAAGGACAAAAACCCGACAUGGACUCUUCAGGACAAAUGCAGGAAAAGUGUCGGCACCUUGUUGAGUGUGUUGACACCUUGCAGCUCGUGCUGCAUAUCUUUCAACUCAUGCUCGUCUUCUGCACCUCGUGUUCAAGUUCUGCACUUCAUGCUUGGCCUCUGCAGCUCGUGGCUGACCUUAUCACAGCUCAAAAGAUCUUGCCUGAGUUCUGCAUCGUGCUUGUGAGCUCGGCAACUCGUGCUUUUGAACUCAGCAGCUCGCAGCUCAUGUUCUUGCAGUUCGCUUCUCAUGCUCCUGCAAUUCCCAGCUCGUGUUGCAGCAGGGACUUUACAGCUCCCUCCAAAUGGUUCGGUGAUGCUACGUGGGCGGUUGAAUGCCUCUGCUCUCAACUGAGCAUGAGAUGUGACUACUGGCUUCUCAGAGCAGCAUACUGCUUUGCGACUGUCGAGCUGGGUUACUUGGCUGCUGCCGAGCUGGGCUGCCUUGCUUCUGUUGAGGUUUGCCGCUGCCGAGCUGGACUGUUUUGGUGCAGCGAGCUGGGCCGCUUUGUUGCUGCCGUGCUUGGCUGUUGUUCUGUUGCCGAGCUGAACUGCUUUGUUGCUGCUGUGCUUGGCCGCUUUGCUGCUACCGAGCUGGGCUGCUCUGCUGCUGCCGAGCUGGAGCAUUGCUUUGAACUUUACCGCUGCCGAGCUGGAGGACAAUGGUAUUCAAGCAUCGCAGACUAUGACAAGGUCGGAAGGCUUAAGGCGUUGGCGGAUGGCGCAGGUGGUGGCAGCCAUGUGGCUGGGGAACCAAUUGAUGGCUCCACCGUCUUUGUUGAGUGCCAUCUCCCCCAACUCCACAUUUGCGAACAAACUCACUCUGUAAAUUCAUCAGAUCUACUUCUGCAACUCAAAAGAAUAGGCAAAUUCAUCCGAUCUACUUUUGCAACUCAAAAGAAUAGGCCAUGGGCUUUUCACUCAUCUUCUCUUCCCUUUAAUCAACCGGAUCAACAUAGAAAUAAAGCUUUUUAUUCGAUUCCCACAGACGACGCCAAUGUAAUUGCACCAAACCAGAAGUCCUUCUUCAAUCCGCAUCUUCACUUCGGAUGUACCUGCAAAGCCCCGAGGUGGGUCAUCGGGGUAGACACUCCGAUGCUUAAGUCAGCAAUAAUCGGGGUUACCUUUAGGGUGGAGAUAAAAAGAGCUUAAGGUUGAUUUCAAUUACCUUUCUGAGGUGGCCCUUGGGGAGUAUUUAUAGGCCUUCGUGAGGUAUCCACGUGGCUUGCUUAGCAGGAUGAUCGGAGUGUGACGUGUCCCUUAAAGAGAUAAAUUCGGGACCGGCGACAAAUUCGGGACCGGGAUAUUGUGUGAUAAACCAGGUAUGGGCAU